CAGCCAUUUGGCUGUCGGCCGCGGCCUGCCGAAGCAUCCCCCCGGCCUCUCCCCCUUCUCUCUGCUCUCCCUCUUUCCAUUCUCUCCUCUCGUCUUCACCCCCAACUGCUCCAUUCUUUUUUCUUCUUUUUCUCGCUUCCUUACUUCCGGUGGCUCUCAUCAUCACCGUGAGAGAGAGAGAGAGAGAGAGAGAGAGAGAGAGAGAGAGAGAGAGAGAGAGAUCGGAAUCUCGGGGUGAAUCUUUGAUGGGUUCGUCGUCGGGGCCGGGGCAUGGGUACGAUUACGCCUUCAAGAUACUCUUGAUCGGGGACUCCGGGGUGGGCAAGAGCAGCCUCCUCGUCUCUUUCAUCUCCAACCACCUCGCGGACGAUCUCUCCCCCACCAUCGGUGUCGAUUUUAAAAUCAAGCAUCUUGCUGUUGGUGAUGAGAAGUUGAAGCUGACGAUAUGGGACACUGCUGGACAGGAGAGGUUUAGGACAUUGACUAGUUCUUAUUAUAGAGGUUCUCAAGGAAUAAUUCUCGUUUAUGAUGUGACAAAGCGAGAGACUUUUACCAAUCUGGCUGAUGUAUGGGUCAAGGAAGUAGAAUUAUACUCAACAAACCGCAACUGUGUCAAAGUGCUUGUUGGAAAUAAAGUUGACAAGGAGGCUGAUAGGAUGGUGACCAGAGAAGAGGGGAUUUCCUUUGCCAAUGAGUAUGGGUGUUUGUUUAUUGAGUGCAGUGCAAAAACAAGAGCCAAUGUGGAGAAAUGUUUUGAAGAACUGGCAUUGAAGAUUAUGGAAGUUCCUAUACUGGUGGAGGAAGGAUCAGUUCCAGUUAAAAGGAAUAUUCUGAAACAAAAACAGGAACAACAUGCACACCAAGGAGGCUGUUGCUCAUGAUUUUUACUACCUGGAGUAUACUCCUCUGAGCAAUGAAGCAGGUGAAGACCAAUUGUAUCACUUUGUCCUCCUUAAGGUGCUUUUUUAAGUUUGUAAAUGAGUUGUAUCAGUUCAUCUUUUGCACUGUUGAUGUGUAUCAGCCCGAGUGAUCUUGAGUGGGUUAUGAGGUAGGAAGUUAGGCUGUGUACAGAAAAGAAUGAAUAUUUUUUUUGGGUGUGCUAUUUGAUGAUAUGAUUUUAUCAGUUUGCUUAUUA